AUGAAAAGUACCAUUCGGAAUUCAAAACCAGUCCCACCUUUUUGCAUUCGGGUGAAACUGGGAGCAAAACAGGCCAAUGUGAUCCUUGAUCCUUCCCAUGAGAGCUUUUCGAGUUUUCAUUUGCAUUACACAUUAAAUUUCACUCCUGAACAACGUCUAUUUGUUAAGAUUAUUGCAUUGGAAGAUGAAGAAACCAAAGUGCGGAUCAAUUUCCACAAUGACAAGGACAUUCCGAUGGGAACUAUUCUCACCAAGGAGCAAAUGAUUCAUGAUUUACGUCCCAAUAAGAAUUAUCUUGUCAUCAUUCAGGACACUAGGACUGUCACUGAGAAGGAUCUCACACAGGAUGAGCUUAAAGAAAUUCGAAGAGUAUUCGACGAAAUGGAUAAGGAUAAGAGUGGAAGUAUCUCAUUUCAGGAGGUCAAACAAUUCUACAAGCAAGAAAUGGAAUUGAGCAUGAGGAUUGCAAGGAAGGUUUGCGAUCAAAAGAUUCAAAAGCAAGCCCUUCGAAAGGAAAUUUUCGAAAAGGAAUAUGUAAGAGAGUGUCAAUUCUUUGAGACAAUUAUGAAUUCGAAUAUUUCUCAAUUCAUGCAACAAGAUACAGACAACAAUCAGGUGGUGACUUGGGAAGAGUUUUUAAGGCAUCAAGCCAAGGUAAAAGUUUCCCAGAGAAAAUUAGUCAAUGUGUAA